AUGAGUUACAGUCUUAACGCGCGUCAAGUAAACGUCCCAAACCAGCAAUUCUGGCCGGCGCAACUUCUCGCCAUUUUCGAACAGACCCUCCGUUUUGAUCUCACAAUCACUUGGGAAGACAAACCCGCCGAUUCGACCACAACCUUCGCCCUUGAAAACUGCUCGAUCGACGGAAAAGAAGUGAUGAAAAAUGGCUGUUCUUUGGACGUGACUCGUUUUCACCGAGUUCUCAAAUCGAGCCCGAGUAGAUUUGGAGCAAAAACACUUGAGUACAAAAUCCUCGAUAAAAAUGAAGGGCAGUUGGAGUCCAAAAUCGAAGAUCAUCCUAUAUUUGACGCGAAAAAACCUAAAAAUGAAGAAAAGAGAGAAAAACUAGCAAAACCGCCUGAAAAAAUCAAAAAAAUCAAAGAAAUUCGACCCGAAAAACCCGAAAAAACUCCUCUUCCACCUGCGAAACCCCCUCAAAAAUCAAGAGACCCGCUAACUUACUGCCUUCCUGGCCAGAAAUACUCAGACAUCCACCCUUAUAUCAACCAAAACUGGCAACUAAACCUCUCCCGAGAAACCUCAACCGCCGAGGAAAUGCAUGAAAAGCUAAUUCACCGCCUUUCGGAAACAGAAAAAGAAGACUGGAUUUGUAAAAUCUUCGGCGAUCGACUCACGGAGCAAGAAAACAAGGACGAGGAGGUGAGCAUUGCUCAUUUUUACCAAGGCGGGCGAGGGGAGGAGAAGCAGAUGAAGGAUAGAAGCUUCAAAAAAGACGAUGAGAAAUUUGGAGUGAAGGGAUAUGGAUACAGAAUGUGCGGAAAUUGUGUUUUCACGAAGGAUCGGGAGAAAGCGGAUGUGCUGGUCGUCGACAACGGACCCCUCCUUUUUCAUCAAAAAACCUUCGGACUAACCAACAACGCGACUUUCAAAAACAACGAAAAUCUCCAAAAUCCAAAGACGAGAAAGAACUUUCCCGACCUUGAGCACCGAAAUCUUUCGCAAUACUGGGUUUUUGUCAAUUAUGAAAGUGGCGCGAAAAAUAUCGAGACUCAGGCGCAUCUGAUGCCGGAUGAUCUGGACGGAGCGUUUAAUAUUACGUAUUCGUACAGAAGAGAUAGCGAUAUUGUCAGAGGCUAUGGCUCGACUCAAAACAUCCUUCGCGACUUCUACUUCAGUUUCAAAAGCGGCGCUUCUCUCGGAAUCUCCGACGAGGAACACUUGAAAAGAAUCAUAGACUGGAAAAACAGUCUGAAAAAGAACAAGAACAAGAAAAACUUGCACACGGCCUGGUUUAUUUCGAACUGCGAUCACACAAUCGGCGCUGUAAAACGAUGGGCGUACGGAGAAGAAAUGAUCAAAAGCGGGCUGAAAAAGCAUCUUCUCGGCGAAGGCAAAUGCUUUGAGAAAGAAACCGAGCAUGUUUUCAGCAAAAAAUCGCUUUCGGACGCAUUUUGGUCGAAGAUGCGCUUUUACCUUGCUUUUGAAAAUGCGAUCCACUGCACCGACUACAUUUCCGAAAAGUUUUGGCGAAACUCGCUGACUGCUACGCUCGUUCCGGUCGUUUUUGGGCCACAUUAUUUGGAUGUUGCGAAAGUUGCGCCGCCGAACUCGUUUAUUCAUGCCGAGCAAUUUGCGACGCCAGCCGAUUUGGUGUUUUAUAUGGAGUUUUUGUGGAAGAAUGAUACUGCUUACUUGGACUAUCAUAGGUGGAGGAAUUUGAGGCCGGAGUCUGUUUCGCGAAGAGGGGAGAGCUACAGAGCUAUUGACCGAGAUAUGUACGAUUUUUGCCGAAUCUGCCGCCUUGUCCGAGAAAAACGCGCCGAAAAAGUGUCCCGUUGGUACAAAAGCGUGAUGAAAUUCUGGAGAUACGAUGUUCAUGAUGAAUGCAAAGCGAAAGCGACCUUUCCUGAACGAAUCGAAAACAUAAAAGACAAUUUUGUCGAAAUUCCUCUUCAAUAA